GCGCACUGGGCGCGCUCCCUAAUAGAGACAGUGCGGCAGGAAAACCGCAGCAAGCAGGGGAAGACAGAUUGAAUAGGAAAAGAGGAUACGUAAAAAGCCAAAGGGAAAAAAAAAAAACAUGGAAAUGAAAGAGAAAUGUCUGUGCUGACGAAGUGCAUCGCGUGUAGGAUGGGAACCUGAUUUCCCUAACCCGACCAUUUUUUCCAGAUUUUUUGCGAAUUUUCCUUAAAUCUCAACAAUCCAGAGGGCAAUGCCAGAGAAGGGAUGAAAAUUACAAGGAUAUACUGCUGCUGCCUUGGUUCGCUCACCGGAUCGUCUACGCAAAAUCAGAUGGAGAUAUAACCGAAGAAUCCAUUUAUACAGCUACAUAGGCCUAAACAUUUGAUUUUCUGUUGUUUGGAUAGGAGGGAAGUAACUGGAAUUUAAAAAGCAAACGAAGUCAAAUUUGGUGCAUUAAAUUCCAUUGGAAGGAUGUCAUCCACGUCCAUUGCUUGAUAGUUAUCGGUUUCGGAAGACGGGUAUCGACGCUUCAAGGUGUUAGUAUGGGUGAUGUAGCUGACAGCAAGGAGAUUAAAAAGACUUUUAUUGUUCCAGCCAUAAAAGCGUUUGAUCAUUACGAUUUUACCAGAGCUAAAAUAGCUUGUAGUCUGACAUGGCUGGUCGCCAAAGCCUUUGGGACAGACAAUGUUCCAGAGGACCUCAAAGAGCCGUUCUACACAGACCAGUACGACCAGGAGCACAUCAAGCCCCCAGUGGUCAACCUGCUCCUGUCUGCAGAGCUCUAUUGCCGUGCUGGGAGCCUGAUUCUGAAGAGUGAUGCCGCCAAGCCCCUUUUAGGACAUGAUGCUGUCAUUCAAGCCCUUGCACAGAAGGGCCUGUAUGUCACAGACCAGGAGAAACUGGUCACCGAAAGGGACCUGCGCAAGAAACCCAUUCAAAUGAGUGCACACUUAGCCAUGAUAGACACUCUGAUGAUGGCAUAUACGGUGGAGAUGGUGAGCGUGGAGAAGGUUGUGGCAUGUGUACAGCAGUAUUCACCUUUUUUCCCCGACUCCGAUAUGCCCUACGAUACUGAGGAUGCUGUUACAAGCUGGAUUAAUAAGGUAAAUGAACACUUGAAAGACAUAAUCAUUCAGGAGCAGAAGAUGAGAGAAUCCCAGUGUUCAGACAUCGCUGGAGGUCCAAGGUCUCCAACCAAAUGGUAUUGGAAACUGGUUCCUGCCCGCUACAGGAAGGAGCAGGCACUGCCAAAACAGAUGCCAUGCAUUCCCCCUGUGGACAACUUACUGAAAGACAGCACUGAUGGCAGUGCUCUGGCUGCUUUGAUCCAUUUCUACUGCCCAGAGAUUGUGAAGCUGGAAGAUAUAUGCCUGAAGGAGACCAUGUCAUUGGCAGACAGCCUUUACAAUCUACAGCUGAUUCAGGAGUUCUGUCAGGAGAAUCUGAACCGUUGUUGCCACUUCACACUGGAAGAUAUGCUCUAUGCCUCCUCCUCGAUAAAGAAUAACUACCUUGUCUUUAUGGCAGAGUUGUUUUGGUGGUUCGAAGUGGUGAAGCCAUCUUUUGUGCAGCCUCGUGUUGUAGAUACUGAAGCAUCACAGCCAGUCCAUUCCUUGCGAAACAUGCCUUCGGUUCCCAUUUCAAAUGCCACAAAGAGAAGCUUUAUUGAGAGCCCUUCCAGCUCUGACCAGCCCAGUCUGCCCUUGUCACCAUCAGAGUCUCUCAUGUCUGUCAGACACACACAACCACAGUCUCAGCCUCCUGUUUCAGGUGUGAUGAAAAGAUCAACUUCAAUGUCUUACGUGGAUGGUUACGUUGGAACGUGGCCAAAGGAAAAACGGUCCUCAGCUCAUGGAGUAUCCUUUGAUAUUCCUUUUGAUAACGAAAACACUAUGCAGACUCCCACUGCCCCCAGCAGAGGGAUGACCAGGUCUAUCAGCACUGAAGGUCUGGGUUUCAAAGUCCAUCAGAUGCCCAAGAAUCUGAUUAAAAGAAACCUCUCCUUCCAGCCUGUGAAUGGACAGAAGGAAAAAGAGGGCAUUGAGGAGGAGGAGUGCCCAGAGAGCCUCACAGGCACAGAACUAUCCAGCAAGCAUUCAGGGAGAGGUAAUAACAUCAGGAAUCAGCAUGGACUUUCAAAUGGGCCAGUCAUGGAUGGACAUGGUAAUCUCACAGGGACUCCAAGCAUUGAGGAAGCUUUGAAAAUCAUUCACAACACAGAAAAAACACAUACACUCCUCCAGUCGGAUAAAGUGAACAAUGGAUUUUUCCUCCAUUGUCAGGAUUUAGAGGAUUCAAGUUCACAGCCCAAGCUAGAGGAAGCAGGUAUAGAUUCUGUUACAGAGAUAAAAGGAGCCAUGAGCCCCGACACGACCGAGGUGGACACUGGGAUUCAUGUGCAGACGGAGGAUAUUCAGGAAACCAUGGACGAGGACUCAUCUCUAAGAGACUACACUGUGAGCAUGGAUUCAGAUAUGGACCAUGACUAUGAAUUAAAAGCCGGCAACCCGAGGGAAAUGAUAAGCCCCUGUCCUAGCUCAUUAAGUGCGAAGUCUCAGGCCGGUAGUACUGCAUCCUCAAGUUCAGGGAUCAAGAUGACCAGCUUCGCAGAACAGAAGUUCAAAAAACUGAAUAACGUCGACGGCAGGAGCAGUGGAAGCAGCUCUCAGAAGACCACUCCUGAGAGUUCAGAACUCAACAUCCCGCACAUGGUGGCCUGGGCUCAAACUCCGGAGGAGAGCCCGGUCAGACAAACAGGGAGGGAUCCCACGCAGCUGUUGGCGUCCGAGAUGGUUCAGCUGAGGAUGAAGCUGGAGGAGAAACGCAGGGCGAUCGAAGCCCAAAAGAAAAAGGUGGAGGCAGCCUUUACAAGGCACAGGCAGAGGAUGGGGAGAACAGCAUUCCUGACGGUGGUGAAGAGAAAAGGAGACGGUACCUCACCCCUGAGGGAAGAGGCUGCCGGUUCAGAAGACGAAAAGCUGUCCACCGACAGCCAGCCUUUCAAAACGGCUGACGAUAACAACCUAAGGCCUGAGAAGUGUAAAACAGACAUCACGGAUAGCAUGGACCAAGCUCAGAACCGAUGGCUGAAGUCACCCAAUGAUGAGAACUUAGGGGAAGUAGACCUGGUGGAGUACACCAAAUCCAUUGAAAAGCUAAAUGCCUCUCUGAACUUCCUGCAGCAGGAGAUGCAGCGCUUGGCCCAGCAGCAGGAGGUCAUCAUGCAGAUGCGAGAGCAGCAGGCAUGGGUAAUUUCGCCUCCCCAGCCCUCGCCACAGAAACAAAUCCGGGAUCUCCGCACUGCCACCCGUUCCACUGGCUCCUUGUCACCCGUCUUGUCCUCGGGAGACUCGCCUCGUACCUCCCAUCGGUCCCCGACAAGCAUAAAGAGAAAGUCGGCCUCUUUCCACUCAAAGACCCCCAGGACUCCGCGGCCAAAUGAACUAAAAAUCACACCUUUCAACCGCAUUUUAACCCCCCCCCAGUCGGUGGAUAGCCUCCCUCGCCUUCGGAGGUUUUCUCCCAGCCAGACCCAAACCAGCUCUUUUGUGUGUCUCGGACAUGAUUCCAGACCAUCCUCUGAGACUGAGGCCAGGGAGAAGGAUGCUGCUGAAAGACUGAAACCAGACCAUUCUUUUCCAAAAGAAGGGUCAGAGAAAGGGGUGGAAGCCGAGCCACCCUCUACAGCCGAGGAACCCAAGGAAAAACCAACAAAAGAGAGGGAAGAAGAGGAAAGAGAGAUAAAGCCUUUAGAAUCCACUGUUUCAGAAGUGCUAUCCCAGCCAAUAACAGAGACAUUUAUAGUUACCCCCACUGAAAACCCGGGUGAUGUUCUUGGGCAGAGCACCAAGAGCUUGAUUGAAGUUCCAUUAUCAAUACUUAAGCCUCUGGAGGGACAAGAAUUAGAAGAUCAUGGAGAGGGGGAAGUCAGUGGAGAAGUCUAUGAUGAAGAUCAGAAGAUGUGCUGUGGUUUCUUUUUUAAGGACGACCAGAAGGGCGAAGACGAUAUGGCAGUGAAGCGGGCGGCACUGCUGGAGAAGAGGCUGAGGAGAGAGAGGGAGACCCAGCAGCGGAAGCAGCAGCUGGAGGCCGAGAUGGAACAGAAGAAAGAAGAGGCCCGGAUUAAAGCAGAAGAAGAACGUCAGAAGAAGGAGGAUGAGAAAGCACGCAGAGAGUUCAUUAAGCAGGAGUACCUUAGGAGAAAGCAGCUCAAACUAAUGGAAGACAUGGACACCGUGAUUAAGCCACGUCCUGCCAGCUCCAAACAGAAGAAACCUCGCCCAAAAUCUGUCCACAGAGAUAUCAUGGAAUCUCCCAAAACCCCUGCCAGGGCUCCGGCAGGUUCACGUCCUCGUGUUUUUUCAGUCUCCAGCCUCUCUCUGGCCUCGCUGAACUUGGCGGACACUGACAGCGUGCAGUCAGGCAAGAGAACCCCCAGAAGCAGUGACAUAGCCUCAGGAAACCUAUACUACUUAUUGAAAUCUACUAAACUGAAAAACACAAGGCCUGAGUCAGCAGAUGGUUUUUUAUCACCGUGUCGAUCGGGCAGUCGCAAUGGAGAGAAGGAUUGGGAAAAUGGUUCUACAACAUCUUCUGUGGCUUCCAACACAGAAUAUACAGGCCCAAAGCUUUACAAAGAGCCUAGUGCAAAGUCUAAUAAGCACAUUAUCCAGAAUGCCUUGUCUCACUGCUGUCUAGCUGGCAAGGUCAAUGAAGGUCAAAAGAAUAAAAUAUUGGAGCAAAUGGAGAAGUCGGAGGCCAACAACUUUUUGAUUCUGUUCCGGGAUUCUGGCUGCCAGUUCAGGUCAUUGUACACAUACUGCCCGGAGACAGAGGAGAUCAACAAGCUGGCAGGAAUUGGCCCCAAGUCCAUCACCAGGAAGAUGAUUGAGGGUCUGUACAAGUACAACUCUGACAGGAAGCAGUUCAGCCAUAUCCCUGCUAAGACCAUGUCUGCAAGUGUUGACGCCAUUACCAUUCACAGCCACUUGUGGCAGACCAAGAAGCCCGUCACACCUAAAAAAGUUUUGCCUUCCAAGUCUUAGAAGACUGAACUUUCGCUCUGUUUUUUUAAUUAAAACAUUCACAUUCAACUUGCACUUCACAUUAAAUAUCCAUUUGGAUUAGGCUUCGUUGCUGCCAAUGGACAAAUAAAACAAUGUUAUUGUUUUCAGCUUUUCUUUUUCUCCUGUUUUUUUUCCUUAGUUCAAACUGGACACCAAACUCUGCUGUCAUUAUGCACAACUGGAAUGUAAAACACUUAAACGUAUUAUGUGCAAAUCACUGAUGUAUUUCAGUAAAAAAAGAUCAUCCAAUACUGGGUAAUUUUAUUAAAGCACGUGUGUGUAUGGUUUUGUAUGUGCCAAGAGAAAGUAUGGAUGCCAUGAUUUAAUUUGGUACACUGAAGCACUGAAUGUUAAUCAUAUGUAUAGAAUGAAUUUGUCAUAUUUCUUAUCAUUUGUGGCCUUAGACUUAAUUUCAUAUGUGAUGGCUCUAAGUUUUCUGUGGGGCUACUUCAUGAAAGAUUUUUGUACACCAGUGUUUUCUUAUUUUUGGGAGUAGAAACACAAUUUUGUCACCCAAGUCAAAAUGUGAGAAAAAUGGAAAGUGUUACAGUGUUCUAAGGAAAAUAAUGAUGUAUUAGGUUACUUUUCCAAUAAAAUGUCGAUUGAAUGCAAAGCAAGUCACUACAUAGGUAUUUACUAGUUUAUAACAAAUGGCAAAAGCACCAGACUCAACAAAACAUUUUUUGUUAUUGACAUAUUUUCUUAACAGUAUUGCACAGUGUGCUUCAGGAAAAACGCAAAGGCUUGUUUGUAUAUAUUUUUUCUGUAGAAAAUAGGGCAGACAAGCUAAUCAUUGACUGAUUACAUACCUUUAUUGUUGAAACUUCUUGUCCUCUAAAAAUGGACUCAAAACCUCCUUUACUGUUUCAGAAGACGUUUCCUGACAUGUUUUCUUCAGAGAGUUCAGUAUUAGAAACUCAUGCUUAGCUUGGUUUAUUUAUAAUCACCAAAAAUAUCUACUAUAUAUAUGUUGAAUAAUGCAGAGUAGCUAAUGACUUCAUUUUCUAGAACAUACAAAUCGAUUAGAAAAAUAUGACUUAUUUAAAUGUGGCAAACGUCACUUGUCUCAAUGAACAGUCUAAUUUCAGGCAGGACAAGAAGGCUAGACUCUCCUGCCUUAAUCAUAACAAUUGUUAGUUUUAGAAAAAUAUAACUAUAGAUUUCAUAUUCUGUCUAUUGAGACUAGUUUUAUCAAUUAGCGUACGGUUGUAAAUACGUUUUUAAUUCAAUGCGAUUCAUGAAUAUUGAAGUACAUUUCCAACUUUCUUCCUGACUGCUAUUAUCAAUUGCUCAUUAAGAGACUUGCAGUAGAUCACAUUAGGAUGCCAUGUUUCAUUUUUAAGGGUUGUAUUUACCAGUGAUUAUUUAGCAGUGUUUUUUUUUUCUUUACUGGUUGAAGAAAAAUUAUGUUCUUUUAUAUCUGCUUCCAUGAAAAUGUGUAUACUGUGUAUAUUUUGGGCAUACAAGGUGUUACAUUACUGAAGAACCUUGGCAUGAACCUUUACCAUGUAUGCAAAAGUGACAUUCCUUGUUCUUUUUUUAGUGAAGUCUUCCAGAAAAGACUUAAUAAUGGUGGGUAUUUGGAAAUGGGGUUUAAUAAAUGUCUUAUGAGGCUUGAAAUUAAAGAAGGAUUACAGUUAAUUCACUUCCUUAUGUCUACAAGGUCAUCUUUUUUAUACCAUACUACAAAACACUAACCUAAUCUUUGUUGAAACUUACUCAUAAUGCUUUAUUUUAAAAUGCAGACAGUAAAAAAGCACUUUUUACUAUAGUUUUGGGGAUAUCACUCAUGUGAAAGGCCUGAAAAACAGUAGUCUCUUAAUCUAAGAUCUUUAUGGAGAAAUGAUUGUUGCGUCUUGGAGUGAAUUCUGUAAAGGUUUUUGCUCUCUCUUUAUCCAUCUGUAGUGUAACCUUUUUUUUAUUUUAAACUGAGUCCAGACUUUGCUGGUCAUGCAGGUUUUACAAUUUGAUGUCAUCUUUGUUAAUAUAUAAAUCUAAUUUAUUUUCAGUGUGUAUAUUUGUUAAAACUGUACAAAAAAGAUGAUUUUCAUCUUAAAGAAUAAUGAGAGAUGUGCCUCCAGAAUAAAAGUGGAAAGUUUUAUCAUUGGCUUCUCCAUUCUCUCUGCAUGAACAAGAUAAAGAUAUGUAUUUCACAAAAAUAAAAAAUGUAUAAAUACAUGUGUAUAUAAAACUGAAUGAGGGACUAAAAUGCAUAUACAUUCUGCCUAUAGAUAUGUAACAGAUUUCCAUUGUCAAGACCAGAUGUAGACAUUGACAGAUUUCAGAUUUACAUUAAACAAAUAUCGGCUGAAUAUCCCAUUAUUGAAAAAGAUUAAAUGCAUUAAAAUGAUAACUAAGAAAUUUUAGUUUUAUGUUAUUUUUUCUUUGAAAUUUAAAAUUCAAGAUAGUGCUUGUCACCACAGAUUAAAUACAUUCCCUGUGUUUAACAUCCUGGUAAUUAUGCUUUGUAAUAGGAAAGUCCUUGUAAACAAUAUGGUAGAUGAAUUUAUGUAUGGCACUUUCUAUUUGAGAAAUUUCUUUAUUUUCUCACUUGCACCAGGAAAGAUAACUUUUUCUUACCAGAAGGGCAUCACAUAGCUUCACUUGUAAUUAUUUCCUGUGUUUUGAUUGCAUGUAGUAAACUUUUAAUGAUAGAAUUUGAGAUUUGUAAUUUGUAGCUAAUGUAUGAAAUGCUUGUGAAUAAAUUCAUAUUUUACUAUUUAACAGUUUUUGGGAAGAAAAAAGGAUAGUUUACACAGUUUCAUUUUAAAACGUGUACAUUAAGCCAGUUCAGAAUAUGCUGGAAAAAUAAAAAGUGCCAUAUGUAACAAUCCAUACAUAUUGACGUGACUGGGGUUUGACUAUUCCUUUUUUAUAAUUGCUUUCAUUUUUCUUUCUCAUCAAAUUAAGAUUCAGUGGCAUUCCUUUGUAAAAUGUCUAAAGGUAGAAUGUGCCUGACUAUUUCUUAGUGUAUUGGUAGAGAAUUGUUACUGUAUGGUAUAUAACUAUGAAUACUUUUCUUUCUUUUCUAAGCCUGCUAGUUUUAUAAAACUAUUUAAUCACUUUUAGUUUUGUAGGUUACCAGAAAACCUUAUGCAGGUGGCAGAUCAGAUUUGAAUGUCUGUCUCUAACACAAACACUGGUGCUUUAAUUGGGGUUUAUUUAUAGAAUUGCCAAACAAGCAGUUGUAUGUGUUUCGUGGACAAAUAUAAAAGCAGCAGUUAUAUUGGUUAUUGAAGCCUUUUGGGUUUCAUGAUGUAGAAGAGGUAUUAUUUUUAAGACAGCUGUUAUAGUUGUCUAAUUUGGCUGUUUCAAGCCAAACUGAAUAGCUAUUUAAUUGUAAAACGGGCACUGUUGAUUAUUGUACAGUGUAUUGUGUGCUAAUCUGUCCACCUUGAUGGAGCAUUGCUUCCAUUUUUCAGACGCUGUGCUGUCCCUAUAUUGUCAACAUAUUGCUGAAGUAACAUGUAGUUAUUUUUUUUUCUUUUGCAUCAAAUAAAAUGAAGCAUGGCCUCAAAAGGA